UACUAAACGACAACACAGAAUGCAAUAUUGUGCAUCGAUAUUCUUAACUACGCUGAAUAAGACCGUAUGUCGACUAACACAGUUCAAUUAAUAUCUUAAGCUUACUCAGGGAAUGCAUUGUAUGCAUAAUUAGAUAAACAAACGAAUGAAAGCUAAUAAAUAAAGUAGCGUUGUCGAUACUUAAGCGGGCGUGUGUGAUUCGUGUCAUCGCGAAGUUUAGACGAAUUUUUUUAACGGAACCAAGUAUAAAAACAAAAUUCAUCAUUAUGUGCGCAAAAAUGGCUUUUCAACAUCAAGCGGGUACUGCGAUGGAAUGCCUGAGUAUACCUAUAACUUUACAUAAAGAAACUGAAGUUAAUGAGAAUGGAGAAGAAGUUAUGAAGUGUGGCUUUAAAAUUGGAGGAGGAAUAGAUCAAGAUUUUCGGAAAAGUCCACAAGGCUAUACAGAUAAUGGUAUAUAUGUAACUGAAGUUCAUGAAGGGUCACCAGCAGCUAAGAGCGGUCUUAGAAUGCAUGACAAAAUUUUACAGUGCAAUGGAUAUGAUUUCACGAUGGUUACUCAUAAAAAAGCUGUUUCUUAUAUAAAGAAACAUCCAGUAUUAAAUUUAUUGGUAGCCCGCAAAGGUGUAACCAGUACUUAAGUUGGACCAAACAAAAAAUAAAAGCUAAUAUUUAUUUCAUAUUUCAUUUUGAUAAAGCUGAUUCAUUUGAGCAUCGUGUCAGAUAAAUGUCAGAUAAUGAGCAACGGCAUAAAAUUCAUCAAGGUCAGUGUUUUCAAGAUAAUGUAUCAAUUGAUUUUAUCUGUACGAUAAAAAAACUUUUGACGAUCAAAUUUAACAAUUUUUGACAAUGUGAAAAUUGUUUUAUAAUAUCAAUCAUCAUCAUAUGAGAUGUACUAAAAUCACUGAGUGACACGGUGCAAUGUGAUGUUUUCCGUUUUCUAAAGACUUUAUUUUUGGUAACAAUAAUUUAGUUAUAUUAUAUAAUCAUGAAUACUUUAAUGGUUAAUAAGUCUCAGUAUCAGGCAUAAAAUUAAUUAAAUUUGACUGCACUGUGGAUACAAUAUCGAGCCAUUAGAUCAAUGCGAUUAUAUAAACAUCCUGUUAUAAUUUAUUGUUAUUGAUGAAAAGUAUGAAUUAUAUGUACACUAUCUGAUGUGCACCAUUAAUGUUAUUAACAGUAUGAAUUUGAUACGUUAAAAAAACGUUAGAAUUAUACUAUGAGUAUAAUGAAACAAAAAAAAUUUACAAAGAAUUUUAAAGAAUUUUCAUAACCUAAAAAGGUGCCAAAUUUUCAACGUAUUAAAAAUUUCUUAUUACUAUAAUUAAGUAAUAUACAACAAAAGUUAUUAUAUCAAGAGAUAUUAAUCUUAUUCUACUUAAUUUUAUAAGUAAGACAAUUAUGAACACAAGUUUUGAGCAUUAUCUUAUACAAUGAUCCACGAUUAAAAAUAUGCCUGAAACAGAACAAACAAAGGCCAAAGCGUUUCAAUAGAAUACGAACUUAAUGCAUUUUUAAACAAUUUUGAAAUUUCUACAUAAAAAUUAUAGUAUCCCUAUUAUACUAUGAGAGACAAUUUCAAAGAUCGUUUACAAGAAAUAUGAUGGAAAUACUUAUAAUACAAUUUUAUUAUGACUUACAAUUUUACAAGAAUGUGAUUAAGUAAUAUAUGAGAUUUAUUAGACAAGAAAUAUUAGGGUGCAUGUAAUAGCAGAAUUUCUAAGCAUUUCAUAAAUUAAGAUAACUAUGUUUUUUUUUUGUAGUAUAACUACAUUAACACAAGAAUGCUUCAUAAAAAAAUCAAUAAUUCAUUUUUAUUCCCAAUUAAAAUUUUAAAGUUUUUAAUACUUUUAUACGAGCAUAAAAAUAAUGUUUUUUUACUUUACUACUAACUUCAGAUACAUUGCAUAUUAUAAGUGAAAAAAAAAAAGAACAAAAGUUCCUGCACCAACGCGUGACUUCCUUUUCUAUUUCCAAUUAUAAUAGUAAAGGCACUGUAAAUGCGCUGCUUCUCAUUACAUCAUAAAUAUAAACUUUAAGCCAUAACUGUGAAGACUAGUCUAUGAACAUCAGAAAUAUAAAAGUUCAGUCACAAACAUAAAAUACAUUAAUUAUUGUAUAUGAUACAAUGUAUGUGGGAAAAAACUAUGUAAUAGAAAGCCCAUAAUGCUAAAAAUUAGGUCCACUAUUUUGGUGACAAAGUAAAAUUGAUUUGUAACAAAAUAUUAAGAUUAGUUCGCAUAUAAUGUUAUGAGAAAUGUUAUUCUUUAGUGUUGGCAUACAUACAUACAUACAUACAUACAUACAUACAUAUAUAUAUAUACAUAUAUACAUACAUACAUACAUUCAUUCAUACAUACAUCAACAUACAUAAAGACCUUUUUUUAGAUCUUGAUGAAAGCAAUUCUGUGUUGUAGAUACUAACGUAUAUAUAUUGCUUACAAUAAGUUUUCUAUAUCUAUACAUACAGUAAUUAAUACUAUUAUCAUUCACACCUAUUUAUUUUUAAAUAUGAAAUUGCUAUACUUUAAGUACGAACAUAUACUGAUAUUCGUAUAUAUAUUUUUUAUACAUCACGAUAUAUUUGCUUCUUUAAAGUAGAAAUACUUUUCCAAAGAACCAAAAUAUUUGACCUGAAGUUUAUGCUGGGGCAAUACGACGAUUUAAAAAGCCAGCUUUUAAUAAACAUUGUUUUUCAAAAUGGUUGGCACAGUUAGUAUAUUUGCGAGUAUGUAUCAUAACUCCUGAUAUACAUGAUUAAGGUACAAAUACCGUGUUCUGCAUAACGAAUUUAUAAACUUUUACAUUAUGAUUCAAUCUAUUAUACAACAUUUCAUAUUGAUUUAUAUAUUUUUUAUUUUGUCACACAAAUUGUAGAUGAAUACCGUGAUGUUAUUAAAAAAAAUACCAAAGAAAUUGUUAAAAAUA